AAACCCGAUUGGCUGAUUCAUAUGAACGGGUCUAGAUGCGUUAGAAUUAGUGCUGCGUUCUCGUGUCAUGAAAGUACACUUAAAAACAGAUUUAAAAUGCAGUAAGAUACCGUCUUAAAGAUUAAAGUCUUUAAAAACAAGUCGUUUAUUUCAAGCAUAAUCCAGUUGCUCCUGGGUUUCCUUUAGAGCGGAAGGAUAUUUGCGCCGUUUUAACGCGCGAUAUCAUAUCUUAUAUAACGUUUCUGGACUCAAGGAUGGAGGUCAGUGAAGCCACGGACAGCAGAGCACCAUUAGCAGCCCUGUAUCUCUCUCAACAGAGCAGUGAAGCUGGAGAUGUGGAUUUCUCAAGACUUACUCCUUCACAGUUCGGCAUAUCAACAAACAGCUUCCUACCGUCCUCCAAGAUUAAAGAUAAAUCCAGAGUUGCUCAACUGAAGGCCCGGAGGAGAUCCACGAUCGGGGUCCGGGGAUCUCCAGAAACAAACUCCCUCAUCUGCUUCAGAGCCAAACAGGCAGCAAAAACUCCUCCAGGAACACCGCAGCUUUUGCAGGGGAGUCCGUUUCUGUCACGCUGUGACUCUCUGAAGAAGAAGAUGGCUGCGUUCCAGAGUCUGAUGGAGGAGGACGAAGAGAGGGACGAACAGAAGAAAAACGAGGAGAAUGAGAGUGAUAAGAGCACUUUGGCUAAAGAUUGUAAGAGCGGAAAGGAGAACAUGCUGAUGACACACAGCACACCGCCUCCUUCUAAGAAACGCUGCCGGGCCCCACUGAGGGACUGUGAGGACAAGAUUACUGAGACGCCACUCCCCUGCCCCACCUUCACUACACAACAGGAGCAAGGGUUGAAACGCUUCGAGUCUCGAAGCCAGAGGCCUCUUUCAGACUUGGAUUCGGAUGCAAAGAAUGAGCUUCUGUCUUUACCCAUGCUGUCAAAUCCAGCAGAUGUGAAUGUGGUAUCUUCUGUACACAAGAAGAAGCGUGUUCGUUUUGGGACCCCGCUCUCUCCGGAGUUCUUUGACAAAACUCUCCCUCCCAGUACCCCGCUGCAGAAAGGAGGCACGCCGAGGUACCCUCCGUCAUCUACGGGCCCUACACGCUCUCUGCUGAAGACCCCUCGACGGUCUGAUCCUCUUCCCCAACCGGACUUCAGUAGUCCUCGGAGCAUCGGAGCCUCUCCUGUCCUGGUUACUGACAGACACGGUGCUGGACUGGUGUUUAGUGAUGAAGUGUUUGAAGAGAUCGAGACGAUCAGUUUUCCCAGUAUGGAGGACGAGUCUCCCUCACUCAGACCUUCUGAGGACUGCAAGGAUGCACUCUCUGCUGAGGACCCAGUGCAGCCCCGGGCUGAAGAUACUGAAGUUAUGAACGCUGCUUUUCAAGAAGAAGAGGAGGAACGGUUAAACACACAGACGGAGGAGAAGCUAGCGUGUCCCACUGGUGAUCAGCCGCCGGCUCUCUCUGUAGAGGAUGACCAGAAGUCUUCUGCUAGCUCUGAACAGACACUUUCAUGUAACUCCAGCAUUAAAGCAACUCGCUCUCGCUGUAGAAAAAGAAAGCAACCAGGAGAGAAUGAGCCUGAGAAGAGGAGAAGCUCGCGUACAGCAGCAGCGUCUGCUUCAGGAAAGAUGAAGGUGACGUCUGGAGGAAAAAGAGGAUUUGGUAAUAAGGAGGUGGAUCGGUCUCUGUAUGGGAAAAGAGACUAUGCUUCAAAAAACCCUCUUCUCAGCCCUAUAUUUGAGAAGACGUCUAACAGUCUCAACAGCACGCCAGCACCGGCUCAGUCAGGAAAACAAAUAGAUGGAGAGCAAGACUGCGUUCAGACUCCCAGCGUUCCCCAAAGCAUGACCGUUCAUCCCAUGGUGAGUCUGGACACUGCCUGCGCACGGACCAAUGAGAACGAGCAGACGCUGAGCUCCACUGUGGGCGUGACUUGUGUGGAAGUCUCAGUUGCAGAAAGAGGAAACUUGGCGUCAAAGGCUUCCAAAGCCAGACGUGAUUCAGGGAGGCCCGUGCGCAAACGUCGCAGCUCAUGCACAGAAAAAAGAAAGGAGCUUGACAGUCCAGCUAUUAUCAGUGAAACUAGGGAACAAGAUACUGAGAGCCAAAAGCCACCUGGAUGUACCUCAGUGUACCGAGACAGUCCAGUGCAUCAUGAAACAGAGCGCUCCGAGAACCAAGAAACUGUAAUAAGCUGCAAGGUACCAAGUGAAGACUCCAUGAAGAGUGAGAGCUUAGAGCAGCUAAGUGAUAAAAAACAGAAGGAGCAGGAAAGCCCUCGUGGAAAGCUAGAGGAAGUAGCUGAGAGCGGUCAGUCAGAGAGAGUUACUGAUGAGAGCAACACUGGACACACGGAGCCUAGUUUGGCGCCCUGGCAGCGGACGGACUUCAACAUCGACGACAUCCUGAAGCCUGUGGCGAAGAGUCGAGGCUCUGUGCGACGCAGUCUGAGGAACCGGAGGAGCGUGGACCUGCAGGCCGUGGGGCUGGUUUGGGUGGAUCACACGUCUCCGGAGCCGAGUACAGCGAGCCGGAGGAAGACGCGGGGAAGACUCAGCGCAGUUUCUGAGCCACAUCUCUCUCAGGAACCAGAACCGAACUCUCCUCAAUCAUCUGUGCGUCAGUUAACCGUUUAAUUACCGUCAAAUGAACUUCUGAUAAUAUACUGCUCUGUUCUCUUGUUAUCUUUUAAAUUUCUUUUGUUAGUUUUUUAUACCAUUUUAGUUUUGAUGGAUGAAAGAAGAUUGUACUAUCGUUUAGAUUACUUCUACUCAUUAAAUCUUCUCUUGGGUGACUGCAUUGCUGUUCCUGUGCUAAUCUCAUAUUGUUUUACAUAAUUGGACAGUGGUGUUUGUUUUAUUAUUUUAAGUUUGCCUGCUUCGCAGUUCAGUACAAUACAAUAUUUGCGUUCAAACCUUCAACCAUUGUUUGUGUCUUUCACAACGCUCAGGCAAGAAAUUAUAGGGCCUGCUUUAAAUAUCACAUGGAUGAUUAUCAUAUUUGAACCUAUAAACAGAAAAAAUAUAUUUUGCAUAGAAAAGUU